AUGUGGCGUUCCAUCCACCGCGGUAGCAAUCACGCGGCCUCCCUUCGUCCCUGUCUUACCCUGGCCCCCCCUCGCUCCCGCUCCCCCCUCGCUCCCGCUCCCCCCUCGCUCCCGCUCCCCCCUCGCUCCCGCUCCCCCCUCGCUCCCGCUCCCCCCUCGCUCCCGCUCCCCCCUCGCCCCCGCUCCUCCCGUCGCCCCCGCUCCUCCCGUCGCCCCUGCUCCUCCCGUCGCCCCCGCUCCUCCCAUCGCCCCCGCUCCUCCCGUCGCUCCCGCUCCUCAUGUCCCUCUCGUCCCUCAUCCCAUUGUCUCCCGUCCCUCUUCCCGUUGCUCCCGUCCCUCCCGUCCCUUCUGUCCCUCCCGUCCCUUCCGUCCCUCCCGUCCCUCCCGUCCCUCCCGUCCCUCCCGUCCCUCCCGUCCCUCCCGUCCCUCCCGUCCCUCCCGUCGCUUCCAUCCCUUCCAUCCCUCCCGUCCCUUCCGUCCCUCCCGUCCCUCCCGUCGCUUCCGUCCCUCCCGUCGCUUCCGUCCCUCCCGUCACCCACGUCGCACCCGUCGCUCUCUUCCCUUCGGUUCCUCUCGUCCCUCUGUGUCUCUCGCAUUCCUUCCCUCUUCGCCUCUCCCCUUUCCCUACACUGUUCUACCCUCUGCGCUGCGUCCCCAUUUCCCUGUGCGCGGUUCCCCCCCUUUCCUACCCGCAGCUUCCCCACUUCCCUACGUGCAGCUUCAACCCUCGCAUGCGCGCAGUUUCCCCCCCUUCCCUACAAGCGGCUUCAACCCUUCCCUAGGCACACAGAGGACCCCGGGGCGCUGCAGGUGUUCAUAGCAGUGCUCACGGGCCCGCCUGGCCCGCGCCCGGAGCACCUGCUGCCACGCAUCGAGGCACUGCUGCUACUGCUGUGGGGCGAGCAGGACCCCUUCACGCCGCUCGAUGGCCUCGUGGGGCGCUUCUUCUCGCACCUGACGCAGCACCGCCCCCUCACCACCAUGCUCACGGUCCCCGCCACUACCCCCACGACGACCAGCCGGUCGCUGUGCACCAAGCGCUGCUGCCAUGGCUCGCCCAGCUCAGUAGCACGAAGUAGUGCAUCCAUUGUGCUUCCAACGACAUGCAUAGGCACGCUUGCCUGCACAAGUGGUGUGGCAUGA